AUGACGCCAGGUUCGCGAGCCACCGAAUUAGUGAAGAGUUACCCGCCGACAGCUGAAAACUACGAGAAGGUAAUCUCAAGUUUGAAAACACGUUUUGGACCCGACGAUAUUCAAAUCGAAGUGUAUGUGCACGAACUCUUACAGUUAGUAUUGCAAAACGCCAUCGCGUCCGCGAAGGAUUCUGUACUCUCGACUCUGUAUAAUAAUCUCGAGUCGCAUUUACGAGCAUUAGAGUCUCUGGGUAUGACGACGGAUAAAUGUGCCGCGAUGCUGUUUCCGCUCGUGGAAUCUUCGCUUCCAGAAGAAUUGCUGCGCGUGUGGCAGCGAAGUUCCGGACAGCCGACCGCGACUAAUGAAAAUGGUGCAGAUGCACAAGCGAAGAAUCGCCUGACACAACUUAUAAAGUUUUUGGCAAAUGAAGUAGAAAAUGAGUUGCGCAUCUCGAUGGCGGUGACCGGAUUCAAGUUAAAGCCGCAAAAUAAUAGUGCCAACGGCGAGAAGAAUAAAGCCGAUAAAGUGUGGAACAAUAAAGAUGUACCUAGUGCUACGGGACUUUUAACGACGAAUAGCCGAGAAAAGGCAUGCAUUUUUUGUAAUUCCAAUGCGCAUGAGAAUGCUAAGUGCGAGCAGGUUAAGAAGAUGGAUCUUUCCGAGCGACGUGACGCCGUUAAGAAGAAAAAUGCCUGUUUCAACUGUCUCAAUGUGGGACAUUCAUGCAAAAAAAUGUAA